CAACAAAACUUUCAAAACAUUCGCGUAAGUUGGAUCGCGGACUGGCUGUAGUCGUUAGUUUUAUUUAGAACUUAAAACGUAAUGGAUAUGUAUUAAACCAAUAAGAUUAAUCAGUUUAUUAAUGAAAUAGGUGUGAAAAGUAACGAUGGAGAGAGUAAACAUAAGUUUACUUGCGAUAUCACUUUGUGUUUUACUGUGGGGUGUGGCCGGCCAGUAUGAAUGGCAAAUACGCGAUGCUUUUGAUGAAAUUCGAGGCAAAGUUGACAAGAUAAAUGCAGAUAACUGCUUUAUAACGCAUCUAGACGACUUGUAUUUGCCAGAAGAUUCAGUUUCCCACCACCCAGAUGUGAAAGAAAUAAACAUAAACCCAGUGUUUCCGAAUCGUACGGCGAUGUUGCAUUUACACAACAUGGCUAUGAACCGAGCGUUUUUCUGGAGUUAUAUUCUGCAGUCGCGGUUCAUUAGGCCCGCUAUUAACGACACCUACGACCCGGGUAUGAUGUACUUCUUCCUGUCAUCAGUGGCUGAUGUGUCAGCGAAUCCGUACAUAAACGCUAGUUCGAUAUAUUUCUCGCCGAACAUGUCAUACACAUCAUCAUACAGAGGAUUCUUCAAUAAGACUAUGCCUAGAUUCGCGCCAAGAGCGUUUAGGGCGGACGACUUUAAUGAUCCUGUCCAUUUGCAAAAGAUAUCUACGAUGAACACUUUCCAUGUUGAAGAUUUGGGUGCUUUUGACCCUGAGAGCCUGUCCAAGGAUUAUACGUCCGAGUUCUAUAGGAUUAACGAGUGGUACAAGAAGUGGCUGCCGGACAGAGUUGAGAAGCGUCAUGACACUAAGACAACAUACCAAGUGGAGAUCAGAUAUGCUAAUAAUACUAAUGAGACCUUCACCUUCCACGGACCACCUGGCAAUGAUGAGAACCCUGGCCCAGUAAACUGGACUCGUCCAUACUUUGACUGCGGCAGACUGAACAAAUGGUUGGUAGCUGCCGUCUCGCCCGUAGCCGACAUAUACCCUCGCCACACGCAGUUCAGACAUAUUGAAUACCCCACGUACACAGCAGCAGUUGUGAUGGAGUUGGAUUACGACAGGAUAGAUAUCAACCAGUGUCCGCCCAGUUUGGGUAACGAUCGGCCCAAUAGGUUCGCUUCGACGGCGCGCUGCAAGGAAACCACUGAGUGCGAGCCGCUGCACGGCUGGGGCUUCCGUCGCGGCGGCUACCAGUGCCGCUGCGCGCCGGGCUACCGGCUACCGAGGCUAGUGCGCCGCCCCUACCUCGGCGAGAUCAUCGAGCGAGCCACCGCCGACCAGUACUAUAAUAACUUCGACUGCAAGAAGAUCGGAUGGAUUCAAAGACUGCCAGUACAAUGGGAGCGUGCCCACCCGUUCCUCCGCGCGAUCUACAUGGACCGUCACUACGAGUACGUGAACGCGACGCCCGGCCCUUCCGCGCUUCAUACGGAACGCGUCAAUGUGUAUGAAGUGCUCAACUUUAUUAGAGGAGUGCAGCCUGGAAACUGUUCCAAAUACAACCCAUCGGAUUUAUUCCUCAAUGGCGAUAUUGCUUAUGGACACGAAGAACAAUUCGAAAAUCAAGCAAAGAUGGCCGUGCGUCUAGCUAAUUUCAUCAGCGCCUUUUUACAGGUGUCAGACCCCACAGAAGUGUUCAGCGGCAACCGCGUGGCGGAUAAGCCUCUCACUGAGGAUCAGAUGAUAGGAGAAACACUCGCCAUCGUACUCGGAGACUCCAAGAUAUGGUCUGCUGGUACAUACUGGGACAGAAAUAAGUUCACCAACCGAACAUUCUUCGCGCCAUUCGCCUACAAGACUGAAUUGAAUACCAGGAAGUAUAAACUUGAAGACCUAGCACGAUUGAAUAAGACUGAUGAAGUCUAUACCCAGAAACCAUGGUUCAGUUUCCUAAAACAACGUUGGUCCACGAACUUCGACAGUCUUGAACAAUAUUUCUUGAAAAUGAAAAUUCGUGACGAUAAACUAGGAAAAUACUUGAAGAAAUACGAAAGAUUCCCCACUUACUAUAGAGCAGCUAAUCUGAAACAUGGACAUUGGACGAGGCCCUAUUUUGAUUGUGAUGGGCACGUUAAGCAAUGGGUUAUUACGUACGCGGCGCCGUUCUUCGGAUGGGAUAGCGUUAAAGUGAAGUUGGAGUUCAAAGGCGUGGUGGCAGUGACAAUGGCUCUCAUGUCGUUGGAUAUCAACCAGUGUCCCGACAAGUAUUAUGUGCCCAACGCUUUCAAAGGCACUGACAAGUGCGAUAGGAGCACCUCAUACUGCGUCCCAAUCUUAGGCCGUGGCUUCGAAGCCGGCGGCUACAAAUGCGAAUGUCUCCAAGGAUUCGAGUACCCAUUCGAGGACCCGAUCACAUACUACGAUGGCCAAAUCGUCGAAGCUGAGUUCCAAAACAUUAUCGCAGACAAAGAGACGAGAAUCGACAUGUUUAAAUGCAGGUUGGCAGGUGCAGCUUCUAUUCAAAGCAGUCUAGUAAUUAUAAUAGGCGUUUUGUGCCUACUUUUUAAGCUCAGAUAGAUUUUUGAUACUAAAAAGGCAGUUUUUUUUUAGUUUAUUUGUGUUUAGGAUCAAAGUUAAAAAAAUAGUCGAAGUAAAAUAGUCUACAUAGAAAUGUAACUUGAAUUGUAAAAGAUAUAUUGUUAUAGUUAAACCCAGUGUAUACAGAGCAAUAUCAGGUAUUGAAAUGAUACCGAUUUUAGGUUUAAAGAGAGUUCUACACUAAAAUCUAAAUGGCUUGAACAUAUCAUUUAAGGCCCAGCACAAAUUACACAUAAAUUAAAUUUUCUCAGUAAACAACUAUGAUAAGACAAAUAUGUACUUUCCAUAUUAGAGGAUCUUUGUAACAUAUCAAUAUUAUAUGAUAUUAAUAUUCAAGACAAAACGUAGGAUUAACUUGUAUACCUGAAACAGACAGAUCUGAUUUAUUAUUUUAACUAUAAGUUUAAAUUAUAAGCUUUUUCACAAAAUAAUGUUCUAGCACUCGAACCUAUGCAUUCUAUUAUGUAAUGUAAUGAAAUUACCUAUCUUAAGCUUAACCUGCUCCUUUAAUCAAAGUGCUCAAUUUGUAAUUUAAUAGCUUCAGACGUAUCUUUUAUCGCAACUUUACAUUUUCGAUCCCGAUGUGUAUAUUAAGUGUUCCUUUCAAAUUUUUUCUUGUGUUCAUCAAAAAAAUAAAUUACAAAGCACUUUACUGAACCAUAUCUUUGGUAAAGAGACUUAUUUGUCAAACUUAGGUUUUAGAUAUAGGCGUUAAACCUAGCCUAACACAAUACAGGAUUGUAUUAUACAAUACAACUUGCCCACACGAUUUAUUAUGAAUCUCGCAUUUAUAGAGCUUUUAGAUAGUAAGUGUCUAUACAUUUUCUUACAACUUUUUAUACUGUUUUAAUAUAUUAACUAGCUACAUUAUUAAUAUGAUAUUAAUACCCUUGAUAUUCUACUUAAUCGUUUACUUAAUUAUACACAUGUUUUGUGUAAUACAAAUAUGAAGCCGUCCAUUUUAGACUGUCAUUUUACGACGUUUAUAGCUACACAUUGUAAGAUUUAUAUAUUUAGAUUUAAGUAUAGUAUUAUAUUAGUAUUAGAAUAUAUACACAGUGUUACAAAAGUAUUCGGCUUUACGGGUACUUUUGUAACCCUGUAUAAUUAAACAAUAAAUAUAAUCAUAUGUAGUAAUUUGCACAAGUUAGUUAAUUACUAAAACUUAUAUGCAAUAAUUUUGUGUAUUUGUAAAUUAUUGUUGAUCAAUAAGAUUUUGCAAUCUCAAUAAUAUUCAUGUCAUGAACCAUACUUUGUAAUACAAAUAAUAUUGGGAAUUUGUAUUAACAGACAUUACAAUAUAACUUUUUUUUGAAGAUUUUUUAAAAGAGGAAAGGAU